CUUGCAUCUUGUCUGUGGAUAUAAUUCAGUGUCUCAAAAAAUAAGACAGUCCUUGCUACAAUACGAACAGCUUCGAUGUAAGAAGGCUCGAGGUGCUUCACAGAGUUUUGCCGUCUAUCAACAAGACCGGUGCUAUCUGACGUUGGACUAUCGCUACUUCAGGGCCCAGUAACUGUCUGUACCUGGAUUAACGCUGCUUCACGGACCUGCAGUAGCCCACAACUGACCUAGUGCUGCUUAAUAUUCCAGCAACUGCCUCACUUUGCCUAGCACCACUUUAGAGCAAAGAAACACCUGGACUAACUCUGCUUCAUACUAGCAACUGCUGAAUUGAACAAGCACUAAUGCGUCAUAGCCUGGCCACUGCUCAACCUAGACUAUCAUUACUUAUUAGUCCAGCAUCUGCUCACAUCUGAACCUGCACUGCUUCACGGCUCAGCUACUACCCACAACUAGACUUACACUGCUUCACUACCCACUGACAUACUAACACUACUUCACACCCCAGCAGUCCUAAAACUGCCUGAAAUUGGACUAGUUCUGCUUUAAAGCCCAGCGACCACUCAGAACUGGAAUAGUACAAUGCCUCGAGCAUCUGUUCACAACCAGACCAGCUUCACCCUGACAAAACAGCAUCACACCUAAGCAACUGCCUGCAAUUGGACUUGCACACUUUACAGCCCAGCAACUACCGUUACUUGAUGAGCCCAGUCUCCCAGCCCAGCAACUACCUAUAACUGGACGGGCACUGCCCAGCAUCUGCCCACAACUUUGCUUGCACAAUCUCAUAGCCCAGCAACAUCUGGCAACUCAACUAGCUGUGUUUCAAAGCUCAGCCACUGCCCAAAACUGAACUAGCACUGCUGUGCAUCCCAGCAACUACUGGACAGGUGUUACCUCCUCGUACUGCAACGCUUUUAGCAGGACAUGAGCUUUCCUAUAGAGAUUCAGCAGUUCUCAAUUAAUCUCUUAUUAGUAUUCCUUCUGCACUUCUGAUGUUAAUAUGAAGAGAACUCCUUUCAGGCAACAUCAGGAUCAGCCAGCAGAGGGAUCUCUGAUCGAGGCAGGGUUAAACUCGACCCAGGAUGAUGAUAAGACCGCAGCUUUGGUUGUUCGUUCUGGUGUCACUGUCCUGUACUGCCCAAGAAGGAAGAGGAGGCUAUGGGAUGAACAUGUUUUCUAUCCAAACUUCUCAACCUGAUCCCUGCUAUGAUGAGAAUGGAAACCCAAGGAGGUGUAUCCCUGAUUUUGUCAACUCAGCUUUUGGAAAAGAGGUGAAAGUGUCCAGCACUUGUGGGAAAAGUCCAUCACGAUACUGUGUAGUGACAGAGAAAGGGGAAGAUAGAUUUCGGAACUGUCACAUCUGCAAUAUGUCCGACCCAAAAAAAGCUCACCCUCCAUCCUUCCUUACGGACCUCAACAACCCUCAUAAUUUGACCUGUUGGCAGUCUGAGAAUUACAUCCAGUACCCCCAAAAUGCCACACUUACUCUGUCUCUUGGGAAGAAAUUUGAGGUGACCUACGUGAGUCUCCAGUUCUGUUCUCCAAGACCAGAGUCCAUGGCAAUCUAUAAGUCAAUGGACUAUGGCAAGUCUUGGGUACCAUUUCAGUUCUACUCGACACAAUGUAGAAAGAUGUACAACAAACCCAGUAAGGCAGUCAUCACCAAGCAGAAUGAGCAAGAGGCUAUCUGUACAGACUCUCAUACAGACAUGCACCCUCUUACAGGGGGAUUAAUUGCCUUCAGCACUUUGGAUGGUCGGCCAUCAGCUCAUGACUUUGAUAAUUCUCCUGUGCUCCAGGACUGGGUGACGGCAACUGACAUCAAAGUGGUCUUCAGCCGCCUCCAUACCUAUGGAGAUGAGAAUGAAGACGAUUCUGAACUUGCCAGAGACUCUUACUUUUAUGCCGCUUCAGAUCUACAGGUGGGUGGUCGUUGCAAGUGCAAUGGCCAUGCUUCCAGGUGUGUCAAGGAUCGAGAUGAUAACUUAGUGUGUGACUGCAAACACAAUACAGCAGGACCCGAGUGUGACAGAUGUAAGCCUUUCCAUUAUGACCGACCUUGGCAGAGAGCUACGGCAAGAGAAGCCAACGAAUGUGUGGCCUGUAACUGUAACCUGCAUGCUCGCCGAUGCCGAUUUAACAUGGAGCUGUUCAAAUUGUCAGGACGCCGGAGUGGAGGGGUCUGUCUUAACUGCCGGCACAACACAGCUGGCCGGCAUUGCCACUACUGCAAGGAGGGUUAUUACAGGGACAUGACCAAGCCAAUCACCCACAGGAAGGCAUGCAAAGCCUGCGAUUGCCAUCCGGUGGGUGCAGCCGGCAAAACCUGUAAUCAGACUACGGGCCAGUGUCCUUGCAAAGAUGGUGUGACAGGCAUAACGUGCAAUAGAUGUGCCAAGGGCUACCAGCAAAGCCGCUCGCCCAUUGCCCCCUGCAUAAAGAUCCCAGUGGCUCCUCCCACUACGGCUGCGAGCAGCGCAGAGGAAGCAGCAGAUUGUGAAACUUACUGCAAGGCAUCGAAAGGGAAGCUAAAAAUCAACAUGAAGAAAUACUGCAAAAAAGAUUAUGCUGUGCAGAUUCACAUCCUGAAAGCGGACAAAGCUGGAGACUGGUGGAAGUUCACAGUUAAUGUCAUCUCGGUGUACAAACAAGGGACCAAUCGCAUCAGGCGAGGAGACCAAAACCUGUGGAUCCGCUCCAAAGAUAUUGCAUGCAAAUGCCCCAAACUGAAACCCAUGAAGAAAUAUCUUCUCCUGGGAAAUGAUGAGGAUUCACCAGACCAGAAUGGAGUGGUAGCAGAUAAGACUAGCUUGGUCAUUCAGUGGAGGGACACGUGGGCGAGGAGGCUGAGAAAGUUCCAACAGCGAGAAAAGAAGGGAAAGUGCAAGAAAGCUUAGGUGAACGAAUUGGAGAAGAGAGAUGGCCCUCGGAGGAAAACUGAAGUCAUGUAGAAGAAAGAGUGAGAGAGGACCGUACUUGCUGCUUGCUGUAGAAUCUGGAGCAGAUAGGUUAUCGACUAGAAACUGUUUAUUUUUUCAUUUUUUAUUUUUUUUUUCCAGAAGGAAGCUGGAACCUUGCUUUUCGAAGUUGGCAUUGUGUGGGGAGACAGAAAGAGGUUCUGUUUUUGUUUGUUUUGUUUUUGUUGUUCUUUGUGGAACUGACGCGUUUGCACCUAAUAUGUAGAAUUCUUCACAGACACACAAGCAUGUGAUGCAGAGUGGAAAGAGGGUGGGUGGCUUUGGGAGAGUUAAUGCAGAGAGAUUUACGGCUUGGCAAGUUGUGAAAUUUGCACCUGUUUGUUAUCUCCUUGGCUGUGAGUCAUUAAUUGUUUAAGUGUUUCUCACAUUCAAUGCCCCGUGGCUUUUCCACUCAUCUGGAAUGGAGGCCAACAACCCCCGUAGGAACCUAGUUACCUCUAAACACCCUUAGGGGCAGUUAAUAUUGGUUGGUAACCCAACAACAACAGCGCAACAGAGAUUUGGAAACAAAAAAAGGGCUCACACCCUUUAUUUUCCACCUCCACUUCAAAUGUGGUUAGAUAUCCCCCUUUGACAUGUUUCUCCCCUCUACCUUCCCCUGUAAGGGGUGACUGCUAGGUUUUUAUGCCUAGAAAGAUUUAAUUUGUAUAAAAAUGCAAAUCCUAACAUUUUAAGUGUGUAUAUCAAUGAAAUAACUUUUUUUAAAAAAGAAAGAAAAUUCUUUAUGUUGUGUAUUUUAUAUGUCUAAUACCCUCUGUAUGUAGCAAUAUAUACAGGGGUUACAGUAUUAGCUGGUCGUAUUGGGGAGCCUUAGUGUAAGGAUACCAGCAGAGUAUAUAUAUUUACAGAGUUCAGAAAAUAUAUAAGCGUUACAAUAGUUUUGUAGACAGAAAAUUAAAUUACACAAUUAUUGGGGUGUUUAUGCCAAUGGUGUACCCCCAGAUGCAUUACCUGCCACCCUGGAAACUAAAGCAUUAAGGAUUUGAGGAGCUGUAUACUGGGAUCAUAGUACCCCAUUGUCCCAUUAACACUUUAUAAUCUGAAAGUCAUUGUUUACAAAUGUGUGGUUACUGUCCUGAACCAUACUAGUUUGGUGAUACAUCGAAACUUAUGGACAAAGAACCAAGCUGCCAAAAUUUGACUUCAGCCAAUAGUCCAUAAAAUUAAUAGGUUGAUAACCAUGAAUUCUACUCUACAUGAAGCAACAAUGACUUCUGUCUCAAUGUUUAGACAGUCUGUUCAUAGAGACGGCAGAUAAAAUGCUGUCAUAUAGGGAUCCCUACCAGUCUCUAAGAAACUCACAAAUAAUAAAGAUUUGGUGCCGUGCAAGAUUGCAGCCGAUGUUCCAUUAUUCCAUGCUGUGUGUGACAAGAACAGGUCACUGACAGAUCGUGGGGUAAAUCGGACUUACAUAUUUUGUCCAGCUCAGCUAUGUUAACCUUUUCAGGUCCCUUUAGAGAGUGCCCCUCCUCCUAAAAAUGUCAAUCUAUUUAAUGUGUUGCAAGGAACCCUCCCUGACUAAUUUUGGGGAAUGGCAUUCCUAAAAGCAGUUCAUUGCAUUCUAUUCCUGGUGUUUUAUUAGAUCCCACUUCUGAAACAUUUUAUUAUGCAAUCUGUUACAGCCUCUGAAACUGCCUUUGUUUGCUGGAGUGUAUUAUAAACUUUUAAAGGACAAUAUUUGUCCAUUAAAAAUGUACAAGACCUCCCCAGUACCUGAUGGUAAAAGGAUCCCAAAUCACACCAUGUAACGUAAUUCUUCCUUUCUUAUUCUGCAAAACUAUGAAGUGGGGGGAGUGUCCGAAUUGUGUAAAUUGGAGUAACAGAGUACAUUAUAUAGAGUAAUAAGGAGCACGGAAGUUUAAAGAUGGGUUCAGAGAAAUAGGAAGAAUUAUCCAGAUUUGGUAAAUGCGAGGAAAUCACAUAGGAUGAAGUAUGAUUUUAUGACCUUUCCUUAGCAUUGCAUUCUUCCUUUCAUGUGCAAGGUAAAAAUAAAUAAAAUGCCAUUUCUGAACUGA